AAGAGAAGGCAAAGAACUUGAUGAAUAAGAAAAUAAAGGUCUUGUGGUCUCGGUCUAAAGAGAUAGCUACAUCCACAGUAAAUAGGGACGCUCUUCGUUUCUGCUCUCGGAAUCUUCCUAGGGUUUCUGAAGUUUUUUUUUUCCGUUUUCGUAUCCCUCUGAUAUGUAGCUGUUUCUCGUUGUCUAAAUCUUACUGGGGUCUCCGUGGUCUGAGUUUUUCUAUGAAAAAAUCCCAUGCGUUUUGGUGUUCUGUCGCUCCCAUAAAUCCUCCUGGGAUUUCUGGGAAGAUUUGAGAUAUCAUUCGGCGUUUUUGUUCUGGAAAUCUUUCAGCUGGGUUUUCUGGGAUGUAAAAUUCUGAUAUUCUCUCUGGGUUUUCAUAUUUUUGUGUCCGUUCGUUUUUUUGUGAAUCUUUCUGAGGUAUAGUUUUCAUCAAAACUUCGAGUAAUUUUUUUUUUUCCAAGUUUCCUUCUGGUCUGGGUGGGUUCUCACAGUGUAAUUUCCCUCAAUUUUUUGCACUUACUUGUUAUAGAUUUCAAAAUUCUUCUUGACAUAACUUUCCUCCACUUCUUGAACCAAAGCACAAGCGUUUUUGGAAUCUUCUCCAGAACUUAUUUUUGUGGUGAUUUAGGAGAUGGUGAGAGGGAAGAUUCAGAUGAAGCGAAUUGAGAAUGCGACGAGCCGGCAAGUCACCUUCUCGAAGCGCCGAAAUGGGCUGCUGAAGAAGGCCUACGAGCUCUCUGUCCUUUGCGAGGCCGAAGUCGCCGUGAUCGUCUUUUCACAGAAAGGCAGGCUCCAUGAGUUCUCAAGCACCGACAUGCAAAAGACGAUAGAACGAUACUAUAAACAUGCAAAAGGUGGGCAAACCAACAACACUGAUCAAGUGGAACAAUAUAUGCAGCGACUGAAGCGAGAAAGUGCAAGCAUGGCAAAGAAGAUUGAGCAUCUUGAUGAUUCUCAAAGGAAGCUUUUGGGACAUGGCUUAAGCUUAUGUACUUUUGAGGAACUCCAGGAGAUUGAAAGCCAGCUGGGGCGAAGCUUACGCAGCAUCAGGGCAAGAAAGGCUCAAUUAUUUGUGGAGCAGAUAACGCAGCUAAAAGCAAAGGAGAGCCUUCUGCUUGAGGAGAAUGCAAGGUUACGCGAACAGUACGGAGCAAAAAAUCCACGGGAGGUUUUAGCUCAAGAGAAAGACGUUGUAACGAACUGUAGCAGAAGUUGCCAGAGUUCACAGACAGAUGUGGAGACUGAAUUGUUCAUUGGACUGCCAGAAAUGCGCUGCUCAAAAGCAGUGAAGGCUUCUGGUGUCUUUGAAACCCAAAGAUGAUUUCUCACCGUCGAAUAAAUUGCUUCGUAAGUAAAAAAAAUAAUAUUGCACUAUGAUUGUAUUUGUUUACUUUCUGACUUGUCCAGGUCAAAUAAUACUUCUCCUUCCUAUGAUUGUUAAUGAAAGUGUAAGCACAUAUUUGAAUGUAAGUAUAUCACCCACCUUAUGUAAUAUGAUUCAUGCCACUGAUAAGGUAAUUAAAGACUUGAGACAAAGCGUCUAUUAUUAAUUUUGUUUUGUUUUUCAAGUA